CCUCUCCCCUGGCAUUUCCCAGCCUGUAAAAUCCCCGGCGGGGCUGGUUAUAAAGCAGCCCCCCGCGGUGACUCGGGGCAGGAGGCGAGGAUGCGGCUGCUGCCGGCGGCGCUGGCCCUGGCCCUGCUCCUGAGCAACUCGGUGCCGGGGGGCGGUCUGUCGCUGGAGAGCCUGCUGACCAACAUGAAGUGCAAGUGCAUCAAAUCGACCGCCCAGAUCAUCAACUUGGGGCUCAUCCUUGCCAUCGAUGUUACGCCGCCGGGGAUUCACUGCAGGAGGAAGGAGAUCGUCCUCACCCUGAAGAAAAACAAGAAGGUGUGCGUGGCCCCCGAGGCACCCUGGAUCCAGCUGCUCGUCCGCAAGCUGAUGCAGAGGACCAUCACCAAAAAAGAAGCGGCGGCGCGGCCGCGGCGGGAAGCGGAGCGGUGGGCGGGGGGGGCGGAGCGGUGGUGCCGACCCCCUCGCAGACCCCCUGCCCCAUCCCUCCCGCUCCCUGGAUACGAUAAUAAAUAACCAGCCGUGGUUAUUUAUUCCUCCGCGGGGAACGGCAGCGAUAUAACCUCUCUGCGCCGAGAUACGCCGGGUUUGGCGGCACAACGCCGGCGCUUGCUCCGCUCCUGGGGUUUUGGCAGGGGGGCAGGAGCCUUCCCCGCUCCCCGCCCCCCCCCAAAAACAAGCUUUCCCCUUGCGCACCCGGCGUCGCCCAGCGUUUCGGGUGCCUGCGCUGUUCCUGCACGCCCGUUCCGGGCGCCUUCAAUAAAAGGAUCAACGUGCUUCCUCCCCUC